AUAACCCACAUAGAGGCGUAAUAACUUUCCCUCUGCAAGUUUCUGCCUCUGAUAUGUGAAAGACCGGGAGUCGAGAACAUAACCUUAGAAAAGUUUUAGGCUAGGACAUCUGAAGAAAUGUUGUGAGGAUGUUAUAUUCUGCAACAGUGUGGCAGAUAUUGCUCUAUAACCAUAAACACUAAAGCACAUCUUGGAAUUUUAAAAUCGUGGACACUGAAACACAAUCUUUUAGUAUUUUUUAAUAGUUUUUUUGGUAAUGAAAAUGUUUUCAAAUAAGCACUAUUCGAUGGGGAUUAUGCGUUCCGUGAUGUCUCUACUGUUCUGUGUCCAGGUCGGAAUGGCUUUCUCUGUGGCUGGACAGGAGAACACCUGUGAUGCAAACGGCAGCGUCUACUAUGUAGGAGAAUGGUAUUUUUUAGACUCAGACCAUUGCACGCAGUGUGAAUGCACCACAGAGGGGUCUUCUUGUGCACGGACGGAAUGCACCUCUUUGCCCACCGCUUGCAUCCAUGUCAGCCACUAUCCCACUGAUUGCUGCCCAAGAUGUGAGAAUAUAGGCUGUGAGUACCGGGGAGAGGUGUACGAACUGGGACAAAACUUCCAGCCAAGUGAGUGCGAGCAGUGUACCUGUGACAGUGAUGGCAUCGCACGCUGCCUGGUGGCAGACUGUGCCCCCCCGCCCUGCGUCAACCCUGUCAACACCAAUGGGAAUUGCUGCCCUGAAUGCCCAGAGGGGCCCAACUGCUAUGUGGAUUUGACCCGCAGCCAGGUGAUCCCAGGGGUGGAACCUGUAUGGGUGGACUCCUGCACAAAGUGUCGCUGUCACGACUCAGGUGACGCUGGCUACUGGGAGGGCAACCGCUUGGCCACCUGUUCUCGCGUACAUAACUGCACCCCAGAAGAGGCUAGCCAGAAGAACUGAUGAAGUAGUACCAGUCAUUUGCCCCAGUGUUGGGUGAAGCUGCCCCUAGACAGUGAUCUUUGGUCAGCUUUGCAUUUCCUCCCACCAAUGGUUAAGGUUAGGAUUGGGGGACGGUAAGCUGAUCCUAGAUCUGUACCAUGGGGAAACUUCACCCCACCAUGAUUUUCCCCUGAAGGUUAGGUGGUUAUCAGCAGGACUUGAAGAGGAAGAGACAUACUAACUGACGUACUGUAGCAUGUAGUACCAAUGUGGAUCUAUUUGCGUUCUCUUGUCUGAACCUAAACCUAUUCCAAAUGACUAUCAAUUAAUGAACUUGUGAAGUGGCAGUUCACUCUCAAAUCAAAGUUUGUUCAUGCUUAAAAAGUGGUCUUAUGUCAAGAUGAGUUAACGUCCCACACAAUCUGCUGUCGAUACAUAAAACGUAUGCAUGCAUGACUGUAAGUCGCUUUGGAUAAAAGCGUCUGCUAAAUAUUAAAUAUAUUAUGUUAUAAACUCCAACUACAAGCCUCCAUCCCAAAUGAAUGGGGAACAAUGGCACUAUCUAUUUUUUGGGAGAUGGAGGCAGAUAGCUGAAUCUACACAACAGAUGGUUUGGGACCAUCUCAUGAUUCUCAUCUUGAUAUUAGACCACUUUUAAGAUCUGAAAACACAUCUGAUUAACUUAGAUUUGGGAGUGAACUAUCUUUUGAACAUUCCUUGCCGAAAACAUUUCCUAAUGUAGUUGAAGGAGGGGGCAGUUUGACCCAACUGCCUCCUUAAUCUGUAUGUAUACUGUAAACAAAGAUUAAGCCAGUAAAGUAGUGAAUGCAUAUUUCUAAGCUAGUUGGACUGUUUUGAUGUAAUGUAGAUUAUAGAGACUAUCCUACAUUUUCAGAUGUUACACUUAUUGGAAGAUUUUAUUAAUUUAGGUAUAACAUCUCCAUUGCAUUUGAAUUUGAUGUGAAUGGAACAUUAUAGAUAUGAAAAAAUUGGUUCUGAAAGCUGAAGGCUAGUGUAAGAAACAUUAAGUUGUGUAUGAAUAUUAUAAUUUUGUAAACUAUAAACAACUCACUAUCAGAAUGUCAGAGACCCAUAAUUGUAUAUAACUGUUUAAAUUUUGCCGGAUCCCAGGAAGAGUGGCUGCUGCCUUGGCAGAGUUGAUCAGAGUUGAUCAAAGAGUUGAUCAGGCUGUUGAUUGUGGCCUGUGGAAUGUUGUCCCACUCCUCUUCAAUGGCUGUGCGAAAUUGAUAGCUAUUGGUGGGAACUGGAACACUCUGUCGUACAUGUCGAUCCAGAGCAUCCAAAACAUGCUCAAUGGGUGGCAUGUCUGGUGAGUAUGUAGGCCUGGAAAAACUGGGACAUUUUCAGCUUCCAGGAAUUGUGUACAGAUCCUUGCGACAUGGGGCCGUGCAUUAUCUCUGUGCAUUCAGAUUGCCAUUGAUAAAAUGCAAUUGAGUUCUUUGUCCAUAGCUUAUGCCUUUCCAUACCAUAACCCCACCGCCACCAUGGGGCACUCUGUUCACAACGUUGACGUCAGCAAACCGCUUACCACACACGAUGCCAUACACGUGGUCUGUGGUUGUGAGGCCAGUUGGACAUAAUACCAAAUUCUCUAAAACGACGUUGGAGGCGGCUUAUGGUAGAGAAAUUAACAUUAAAUUAUCUGGCAACAGCUCUGGUGGACAUUCCUGCAGUCAGCAUGCCAAUUGCACUCUAAAUUAUCUGGCAACAGCUCUGGUGGACAUUCCUGCAGUCAGCAUGCCAAUUGCAUCCCUCAAAACUUGAGAUAUCUGUGGCAUUGUGUUGUGUGACGAAACUGCACAUUUUAGAUUGGCCUUUUAUUGUCCCCAGCACAAGGUUCACCUGUGUAAUGAUCAUGCUGUUUAAUCAGCUUCUUAAUAUGGCACACCUGUUGGUGGAUGGAUUAUCUUGGGAAAUGAGAAAUGCUCACUAACAGGGAUGUAAGCACAUUUGUGGACAAAAUUUGAGAUAAAGAAUAAUUUUGUGCAUAUGGAACAUUUCUGGGAUCUUUUCUUUCAGCUCAUGAAACAUGGGACCAACACUUUACAAGUUGGGUUAAUAUUUUUGUUCAGUGUAAAUACAAAUACAAACAAAUUGGUAUGAACAUGAAAACUAUACGCUGUUCACUUGCUUCCUUCACAUCCAUUUUGUAGGGACCAUUGCAUGGAAACCAAAAAAGUAGAGAAACUGUUCUUCUUCUGUAUGUUUGUGUGCAGCAUAUUGGUCCAUGCUGGUAUGAAUAGACUACAUGGAUAGACUACAUGGAUAGACUACAUGGAUAGACUACAUGGAUAGACUAUAUGGAUAGUGUUGGGUAUGCGUAACUGGCUGUAAGGGAGUCAGGCGCAGGAGAGCAGAAGUUGGGUAGCCAAAGGAGAAUUUUAUUUUGGCGAACAAAAUACACGGCACUAAGAACACAGCAGCGCACCGACAUCGGCCUCGGGGACGACCCCGGAGGGCGAGGUGCAGGGCGGUCCGGACGGAGACGGUGGAACUCCCGCAGCAUUGAAGGGUCCAACAUGUCCUCCACCGGGAAUCCAGCAUCUCUCCUCCGGACCGUACCCCUCCCACUCCACGAGGUACUGAAGGCCCCUCGCACGAUACCUCAAAUCCAGUAUGGCGCGAACGGCAUACGCCGGGGCCCCAUCGAUGUCCAGAGGGGGCGGAGAAACCUCCAGCACCUCAGACUCCUGGAGCGGACCAGCCACCACCGGCCUGAGGAGAUCCACAUGGAACAAGGGGUUAAUACGGUAAUCGGGGGGGGAUGUAACCUGUAACACACCUCGUUCAGUCUCCUCAGGACUUUGAACGGCCACACAAACUGCGGCCCCAGCUUCCGGCAGGGCAGGCAGAGGGGCAGGUUUCGGGUCGAGAGCCCGAACACCGGGCCCUCACUGCGGUGACGGCCUGACCUGGCUUUUUGGCGCAGCACUGCGCCCCGAAGGUGAACAUGGGCGGCGUCCCAUGUCUCCUCCACGCGCCGGAACCAGCCGUCCACCGCAGGAGCUUCGGUCUGACUCUGAUGCCAAGGAGCCAGAACCGGCUGGUACCCCAGUACUCACUGGAAGGGGGAGAAGUUAGUGGAGGAGUGGCAAAGCGAGUCCUGGGCCAUCUCUGCCCAGGGCACGAACGCCGCCCACUCCCCUGGCCGGUCCUGGCAAUAAGACCGCAGAAACCUACCCACAUCCUAGUUAACUCUCUCCACCUGUCCGUUACUCUCAGGGUGAAAACCCGAGGUAAGGCUGAUCGAGACGUUCCAUGAACGCCCUUCAGACCCUCGAAGUGAACUGGGGACCCGGAUCAGACACUUUAUUCUCAGGCACCCCGUAGUGCCGGAAGACGUGUGUAAACAAGGCCUCCGCAGUCUGUAGGGCCGUAGGGAGACCGGGCAGAGGAAGGAGACGGCAGGACUUAGAGAAACGAUCCACAACAACCAAGAUCGUGGUGUUUCCCUGUGAUGGGGGAGAUUGGUCAGGAAAUCGAUCGACAGGUGCGACCAUGGCCGUUGUGGAAUGGGUAAGGGGUGUAACUUACCUCUGGGCAGGUGCCUAGGAGCCUUACACUGCGCGCACACAGAGCAAGAGGAAAUAUAAACCCUCACGUCCUUAGCCAAAGUGGGCCACCAGUACUUCCCACUCAGACAGCGCACCGUCCGACCGAUGCCUGGAUGACCAGAGGAAGAUGAUGUGUGGGCCCAAAAGAUCAGCCGCUCACGGACAGCAGACGGAACGUACAGACGCCCAGCAGGACACUGAAGGGGAGCGGGCUCUGCACGUAACACCUGCUCAAUGUCCGCGUCCAGCUCCCACACUACCGGUGCCACCAGGCAGGAGGCCGGGAGUAUGGGGGUGGGAUCCAUGGGCCGCUCCUCUGUGUCAUACAGCCGGGAUAGUGCGUCUGCCUUCACGUUCUGGGAACCUGGUCUGUACGAAAGGGUGAAAACAAAACGGGUGAAAAACAUGGCCCACCUUGCCUGGUGAGGGUUCAGUCUCCUCGCUGACCAGCUGUACUCCAGAUUGCGGUGGUCAGUCCAGAUGAGAAAAGGGUCUCUAGCCCCCUCAAGCCAAUGUCUCCACGCCUUCAGAGCCUUGACGACAGCCAACAGCUCCCGGUCCCCUCCGUCAUAGUUUCGCUCCGCCGGGCUGAGCUUCCUCGAGAAUAAGGCACAGGGGCGGAGCUUCGGUGGCGUACCCGAGCGCUGCGAGAGCACGGCUCCUAUCCCAGCCUCGGACGCAUCCACCUCCACUAUAAAAGCCAAAGAGGGAUCCGGAUGGGCCAGCACGAGAGCCGAGGUAAACAGAGCCCUCAGGUGACCAAAAGCCCUAUCCGCCUCAGCUGACCACUGCAAAUGUACCGGUCCCCACUUCAGCAGUGAGGUAAUGGGAGCCGCUACCUGACCAAAACCCCGGAUAAACCACCGGUAGUUAUUGGAAAACCCUAGAAACCGCUGCACCUCCUUUACCGUGGUGGGAGUCGGCCAAUUACGCACGGCUGAAAUGCGGUCACUCUCCACUCUACAUGGAUAGACUAUAUGGAUAGACUACAUGGAUAGACUAUAUGAAUAGACUACAUGGAUAGACUACAUGGAUAGACUAUAUGGAUAGACUACAUGGAUAGACUAUAUGGAUAGACUACAUGGAUAGACUACAUGGAUAGACUAUAUGGAUAGAUAUACUAUAUGGAUAGACUAUAUGGAUAUACUAUAUGGAAAGACUACAUGGAUAGACUAUAUAGAUAGACUAUAUGGAUAGACUACAUGGAUAGACUACAUGGAUAGAUAGACAACAUGGAUAGACUAUAUAGAUAAACUAUAUGGAUAGACUACAUGUAUAGACUACAUGGGUAGACUAUAUGGAUAGACUACAUGUAUAGACUAUAUGGAUAAACUAUAUGGAUAGACUACAUGUAUAGACUACAUGGGUAGACUAUAUGGAUAGACUACAUGAACAGACUCUAUGGAUUGACUACAUGUAUAGACUAUAUGGGUAGACUAUAUGGAUAGACUACAUGGAUAGAUAGACUACAUGGAUAGACAAUAUGGAUAGACAAUAUGGAUAGACUACAUGCAUAGACUACAUGCAUAGACUAUAUGGAUAUACUACAUGGAUAUACUACAUGGAUAGACUAUAUGGAUAGACUAUAUGGAUAGAUAGACUACAUGGAUAGACUACAUGGAUAGACUAUAUCUAUAGACUACAUGGAUAGAUAGACUACAUGGAUAGACUAUAUGGAUAGACUACAUGGAUAGACUAUAUCUAUAGACUACAUGGAUAGAUAGACUACAUGGAUAGACUAUAUGGAUAGACUAAAUGGAUAUACUACAUGGAUAGACUAUAUGGAUAGACUAUAUGGAUAGAUAGACUACAUGGAUAGAGAGACUACAUGGAUAGACUACAGGGAUAGACUAUAUGGGUAGACUAUAAUGAUAGACUACAUGGAAAGCCUAUAUUGAUAGACUAUAUGGAUAGACUACAUGGAUAGAGUAUAUGGAUAGAUUAUAUGGAUACACUAUAUGGAUAAACUACAUGGAUAGACUAUAUAGAUAGACUAUAUGGAUAGACUCAUGGAUAGACUAUAGGGAUAGACUACAUGGAUAGACUAUAUGGAUGGACUACAUGGAUAGAUUAUAUGGAUAUAUAGACUAUAUGGAUAGACUACAUUGAUAGACGAUAUGGAUAGAUAGACUACAUGGAUAGACUAAAUGGAUAGAUAGACUAUAUGGAUAGACUACAUGGAUAGACUGCAUGGAUGGACUACAUGGAUAGAUUAUAUGGAUAUAUAGACUAUAUGGAUAGACUACAUUGAUAGACGAUAUGGAUAGAUAGACUACAUGGAUAGACUAAAUGGAUAGACUAUAUGGAUAGAUAGACUACAUGGAUAGACUAAAUGGAUAGACUAGAUGAAUAGAUGAUAUGGAUAGAUAGACUAUAUGGAUAGACUACAUUGAUAGACGAUAUGGAUAGAUAGACUACAUGGAUAGACUAAAUGGAUAGACUAGAUGGAUAGACUAUAUGGAUAGACUACAUGGAUAGACUAUAUGGAUAGACUACAUGGAUAGACUAUAUGGAUAGAUAGACUAUAUACAUAGACUAUAUGGAUAGACUAAAUGGAUAUACUACAUGGAUAGACUAUAUGGAUAGAUAGACUACAUGGAUAGACUACAUGGAUAGAGAGACUACAUGGAUAAACUAUAUGGAUAAACUACAUGGAUAGACUAUAUAGAUAGACUAUAUGGAUAGACUACAUGGAUAGACUAUAGGGAUAGACUACAUGGAUAGACUAUAUGGAUAGACUACAUGGAUGGACUGCAUGGAGGGACUACAUGGAUAGAUUACAUGGAUAGACUACAUGGAUAGAUUAUAUGGAUAUAUAGACUAUAUGGAUAGACUGCAUGGAUAGACUAAAUGGAUAGACUACAUGGAUAGACUAUAUGGAUAGACUAAAUGGAUAUACUACAUUGAUAGACUAUAUGGAUAGAUAGACUAUAUGCAUAGACUAUAUGGAUAGACUAAAUGGAUAGACUACAUGGAUAGAGAGACUACAUGGAUAGACUACAUGGAUAGACUACAUGGAUAGAUAGAGUAUAUGGAUAGAUUAUAUGGAUAGAUUACAUGGAUAGACUACAUGGAUAGAUUAUAUGGAUAGAUAGACUAUAUGGAUAGAUAGACUAUAUGGAUAGACUACAUGGAUAGAUUAUAUGGAUAGAUAGACUAUAUGGAUAGAUUAUAUGGAUAGAUUACAUGGAUAGAUAGACUACAUGGAUAGACUAAAUGGAUAGACUACAUGGAUAGACUACAUGGAUAGACUAUAUGGAUAGAUAGACUACAUGGAUAGACUAUAUAUAUAGACUAUAUGGGUAGACUAUAUGGAUAGACUACAUGGAUAGACUAUUUGGAUAGACUAAAUCGAUAGACGAUAUGGGUAGACUAUAUGGAUAUACUACAUGGAUAGACUAUAUGUAUAGACUAUAUGGAUAGAUAGACUACAUGGAUAGACUACAUGGAUAGACUAUAUCUAUAGACUACAUGGAUAGACUAUAUGGAUAGACUAUAUGGAUAGGCUACAUGGAUAGACUAUAUGGAUAGACUACAUGGAUAGACUAUAUAGAUAGACUAUAUGGAUAGACUACAUGGAUAGACUAUAUGGGUAGACCAUAAUGAUAGACUACAUGGAAAGACUACAUGGAUAGACUUUAUGGAUAGACUACAUGGAUAGACUAUAUGGUUACACUAUAUGGAUAAACUACAUGGAUAGACUACAUGGAUAGACUUUAUGGAUAGAUAGACUAUAUGGAUAGACUAUAUGGAUAGACUAUAUGGAUAUACUACAUGGAUAGACUAUAUGGAUAGAAUACAUGGAUAGACUACAUGGAUAGACUAUAUGGAUAGACUACAUGGAUAGACUACAUGGACAGACUACAUGGACAGAUACAUGGAUAGAGAGACUACAUGGAUAGACUAUAUGGGUAGACUACAUGGAUAGACUAUAUGGAUAGACUACAUGGAUAGACUACAUGGAUAGACUACAUAGAUAGACAUAUGGAUAGACUACAUGGAUAGACUAUAUGGAUAGAUUAUAUGGAUAGACUAUAUAGAUAAACUAUAUGAAUAGACUACAUGGAUAAACUACAUGGAUAGACUAUAUGGAUAGACUAUAUAGAUAAACUAUAUGAAUAGACUACAUGGAUAAACUACAUGGAUAGACUAUAUGGAUAGACUAUAUAGAUAGACUAUAUGGAUAGAUAGACUAUAUGGAUAGACUACAUGGAUAGACUACAUGGAUAGACUACAUGGAUAGACUACAUGGAUAGACUACAUAGAUAGACUACAUGGAUAUACUAUAUAGAUAGACACAUGGAUAGACUACAUGGAUAGACUAUAUGGAUAGACUAUAUGGAUAGACUACAUGGAUAGACUUUAUGGAUGGACUACAUGGAUAGACUACAUGGAUAGACUACAUUGAUAGACUACAUGGAUAGACUUUAUGGAUGGACUACAUGGAUAGACUACAUGGAUAGACUAUAUGGUUAAACUAUAUGAAUAGACUAUAUGGAUAGACUACAUUGAUAGACUAUAUGGAUAAACUACAUGGAUAGACUAUAUGGAUAGACUACAUUGAUAGACUAUAUGGAUAGACUACAUGGAUAGACUUUAUGGAUGGACUAUAUGGAUAAACUAUAUGAAUAGAUUGACUAUAUGGAUAGACUGCAUGGAUAGACUAUAUGGAUAGAUAGACUACAUGGAUAGACUACAUGGAUAAACUACAUGGAUAGACUAUAUGGAUAGACUACAUGGAUAGACUAUAUGGAUAGACUAUAUGGAUAGACUUUAUGCCAAAAUUCAAGCCUUGUCAUGUCAGGACUAGCUCUGAUUACACCUCUCCAGUCGACUCUCAAAAAAGUCUCUUGAUUAUGUUAUUGAAUAGUUGUUGUCACGAGUUUGGGUCGGCAUUCUAUGUCUCGUGUUCUAUUUUGUCCUUGUGUUGUAUUUCUGUGUGUUUGGCCUGGUAUGGUUCUCAAUCAGAGGCAGCUGUCUAUCGUUGUCUCUGAUAGAGAAUCACACUUAGGUAGCCUGUUCCCACCUGUGUUUGUGGGUGGUUGUUUCCUGUUUAGUGUUUGUUUCACCUUUCAGGACUGUUCGUUUGUUGUUUUGCCAAGUGUUGCGUAUUUUAUUAAAUAAUAUGAACACUUACCACGCUGCACCUUGGUCCUCUUCUCCUUCUCCUCUAUACGACGAGCGUUACAGUUGUACAUAGUUUAUCUUUUAUCCAUGCCUUUAACUCCCUCCAUCUUUCAAUAAAAACCCAAUGUAAACUUACAGUAAGUGAAAAUAAAGUGUCU